AUGGAGAGAGAGCUCCUCAAACAGUAUUGGCACCCUGGACUGACACUGAUCGCACAACAGGCAACGAUCGAAUGUCCUCACUGCCAACUGAUGAAGCGCCCUGAUCCCUCCCUUCCGAAUCUCCAACCGAUCCGACCUCCUCCUCUGCUGACACGAUGGGCAAUCGACCAUACCUUCUUUGAUGGGAUACCUAUCCUCGUCGCUAUCGAGUACGCCACGGGAUGGAUUGAAGCCGACGUCGUUACAUCUGCGGGAUUCGAGCACGCCAGACCUUCCAUGGAGAAGAUCUGCAACACAUUUGGCAGUCCAUCCGAAUGGAUUAGUGACAACGCUCAGGCAUGCACUGGCAAAGAAGCUAAACAAUGGCACAAGGAUCACGGCAGUGUGGUAAAGCCUACCACACCAGCUCGACCACGAGGAAACGGCAAGGUUGAGCAAGCGAACGGUAACAUCAAGAGCCAGAUGUAUUGUGAAGCCCUUGUCAAUCCAACUGAGAGGCCAGCUAUUCUGCUACAACGCGCUCUCAACACCCUGAGGAGGACCACUCGCCCUUCUGGAUACAGCACAUACUUCCUGAUGUUUGGUACGCAACCUCCUAGCCAUCUGGCAGCACACGAAGUUGUGGAAUACACCAGUGAGUUCACAGAAGAAGAGGAACAGCAGGCAGAGCGUUUUCUAGCCCAGAACCACAGAGCGCCGCUCGCCAGGAGCAACGCCAAUAGCCUGAAAGCCUCUCGAGCCCAGAUACGAGCAUAUCUGCAAGAGAAAAAGGGUCUGAUCCGUGUUUUUGCACCAGGGGACUGGGUCCUCCGCGUUCGCCAACGUGCCGCCAAACACGAACCCUUUUACGAUGGUUCCUGGGCUAUUGUGAGCUGCCACGCCGGCAACACGUAUCACAUACGAAGUCCAGGAGGUAUACCAUUACAGAACAAAUACAAUGGGACUAACCUCUUUCCUGCCUACGUGUACGACAGUCACCCUGUUCGCUCCUUAUGGUACGCGAGAAAAACGAUGCUGCAGAACGAUCGUAAACAGCUAGAGAAGAUACUGUUAUCUGAUGAAGAUGCUCGUGUGUUUAUGGCACAUGAAAACACCAGAAACGAUCACUAG